CGCUGGCCAUGAGAACUCCGAUGGGCUUCUCCCCGCUGCUGCUGGGACUCUGCGCCACGGCACAGCUGGGGGCAGUCGCCAGCGACUCUUGGUGGUCGCUGGCAUUGUGGACACCCCGGGUCGACCCCUCCACGCAUCCGCUGCUGUUGUGCAGCACGUCGCCGGGGCUGUCCCCCACACAGCGCCAAAUAUGCCAGAAGCAGCCGCACUUCAUGAAGCUCGUGGCCGAGGGUGUCCAGCUGGCGAUUGCCGAGUAUCGGCACCAGUUCCAGGCCAAGCGGUCGAACUGGACCACGGAGAAUGGGCUCGUCCCUAUUCCUCGGUCGGGCUCUCGCGAGGCCGCCUUCUUCUCCGCCCUCACUGCCGCGGGAGUGGUGCACGCGGUGGCGCGCGCCUGCUACACCCCGCAGGUGAUCCGCGACAGCUGCACCUGGACCUAUGACCCCUUGCUGCACCCCAGAGGUAACAUCGAAUACGGAGUCCAUUUCGCCAAGGUGUUUGUGGACGCGAGUGUCCACGACCGCUGGAGAGUCUGCCUGCCGCUGGGCGAAGACUUUCGUGACGUUGGCGACUUUCUGAAGGUGAGCUCACGGCUGCCGGUGAUGAGACUGCACCCGGAGGAUUAA